AUGGAGGCCGGUAUUCUUCCCGUCCGAACGUUCGGACGGGAGUCUCGGUCCGAUGAUUCCCGCGCGAUGUUCCCGCGUGUGGACGCGAGCAGCUGCUACUCGCAUGUACGGGCGACGGUUUUCAUCCAGGCUGAAUUGAUUGUGGUGGGCCAGCUAGAUAUGACAACUUUAGCUUUAUGCAUACUACCUCUGUCUACCGUAGGCUACCUCUGCCAGCUGCUAAUUAAAUUUGCAUGUGAUACAAGCGGCGGGAAAAAUAGGCGGGAAGCUGCCGGACGGUGGCCCCGGUCCGAAUGGGCGGACUGUAGCAGCCCCCGAUGGAGGCGCAGCGGGAGCGACGGCGACGGAGACGGAGACGGCGCUAGCACGAACGUAUCCGACGGCUCGCGGGUGGGCAUGGCUCGCAACAGACGCGUGAUUCUACGAUUCAUGUACGGAUACUACGCGGAGGCGCUCGACGCGCUGCCGCUGGAGCGCAUCCCAGUGCUUGGCCCGCGCCUCCUUGACGCCGGCGUCUGCUUCGGCUUCGGCGACCCCGUCACCAACAUCAUCGCCAACACCCUCUGCUCCCUCUCCGACGAGGGCGUCGAGCCCGACGUCGCGGUCGCCGGGAAGCGGAAGCCCUCGCGGGACGUAGGGGCGCGGGUCGAGAUCCUCUCCAAGAUUGUCGCCGGCGACGUCCCUUCUCCUCCAGAGGCACGGACCAUCGCGGAGCGCUCUCUGGAAGGCCUGGUCACUCUCCUGACAUCGUAUUACCGCUACCUUCCCACCUGGGAUGCGCUGCGGUACCUCUGCUUGUCCCGAGCCGAUCUCCUCGUCGCCGUCCGCCUGAUCGAGCUGGAUCGCUGCCAUGGUCGCAAGGACGAAUUCUGCAUCAACUCACUUGCCGUCAAGAUGGCUCUCAAAUGCGCUGCUCUGUCAGCGAGGCUGCCCAAUGUUGAUGCGUUCCUCACCGGCUCGGCUGCGCUAGUGUCUCACCUCACCCAAAUUCUGUCCACAGAAGGCCGCCGCAGCAUCUCUGUUCAAGACGUGGCAAAGAUGUCUGGACUGCUGGAGAAGCCACUCAGGAUGAAGAAGUUCAAGGACGAUCAUAUGGAUCUUGCUGCUAUGAGGUAUCAUCAGUAUGAGAUGAGGAUUUCACCCAUGCCGAUGCAAUCACUGCGAGGCCUUCUUCUUGACAGAAUCCAUGUUGUAUAUCUCAAAGCAAUUUCUCAUCUGCCAAUUGAAGAUUUCCAGAGUCGACACCACCGUGGCCUCCUCAAGGCUGGUUACUGUUAUGGUCCAUUCAAUCCUAUCUUCAACAUCAUUGUCAAUACUAUCUGGUAUGACACUGCAUUCCCUGCACCGAAAGAAUUCAAGCUCGACAUGAUUUGCACUCGGAUCCUUAUACGUGCUGAGUCUCGGUCCUUGGAUGGUCUCAUCCACCUGUUGCUUGCAUGUACUUGUAACCUGAGUGAACAUGAUGCAAUGGUUUAUUUACUCAAGAGUAAUCUGGAACUUCCUCAAGCAAUUGGGAUGGCAAGGCAGGAUGGAUUCGACACAACUUGCUGUGAUGCUGCUGCUUAUAAAGCUGCUGCAGGUGCAUCAUAUCAUCCUGAACCUGAGGCAUAUGUGAAGUUUGCGAUGGAAUCGCUUCCUAUGGUGCAGGCUGCUGUAAAUGAACUGAUGACUACACAAACACUCUCUUCCAGCAAUAUUCUUCAACUCUCUGCAUUGUUGUCAUCUUCAACGAGCUAUGCUUAUGAAUCACUGGAGGCAGUGGAUGAACUGACAAAGGACGCCUUCGAAAUUGUUUCAAGCUAUGAAGAGAACUUUCUCUCUCAACAGAAUUUUGUUCGUGGAAAACUGGAAGUUAUAUUGCAGAAAUAUAAUGAGCAAACUAAGGAGCACUAUGAACUCAGUUUCAUUUGCACUGUGAAUGGAAGUGUGGGCAAAAAAAAAUUCAGGGAUUUAAGACACCCAUAUUCACAUGUGAAUUUUUGGGCGAAACCAAAAGAUGGAAGUCUUACCCUAUUUUUUGCCCAAGCCAGUAAUGAAGAUGGAGAUAAAGAGCAUCACUGGUCGUUUUGUCAGCCUGUGUUAAGUCUCUCAGAAAAUGCUCGUUGCUGUUACUGUGAGUCUGAAGGGACUAGGAUUCUGCAUCCAACUCAGAAUUUCUGUGGAGGCGACAUGGAUUUUGAGAAGAUGGCUUUGGGGAGUCAUGCUAUCACCAAUGCACGAAUCAUCAGUCACGGGAAUCUUAUAGCUUGUCCGGUGGGCAUACUUACAGAGGACUACAUCUAUUUCGAUCGAGUUAGAGACACCAAGUUUAUCCAAGCUAUGAACAGGACUGCUCGUUUAAUGAAUCUGAACUGGGGAGAUGAAAUUAGAAGGGCGAGACAAAGUUUUUCGAAGGACGGCAAAAAGCUUUUGCCGGAUUUUUAUUAGACGAUGAAAAAGAAAAAAGGUGUUACAAAUUUAGGACAAUGAGACAAAGUGAAUGUAACAGCAUAAAACAAAUAGAUACAUGCUGAUGCCCUUUUCUUGGUAGGGUUGUAUUUAAAAUUUAGCAUCUCAGUGUUUACAUUUUUAUGUGUAUGUCUGUGUACCAACUUGAGAUGGAUUGGGGAAAGAUGCUUGCUUCUAAAA